CACCAUUCUCUCAUAUAGGCCUGCCGCGAUAUCCUUAGUUUAGUUUAAGGUUGGGCGCGUCAAUGUUUACACGGUAGUAAAAAGGUGAAAAAGUGCCCGCGAAAAUUUUGUACAAAAUGUUGCGAAACGGAUCAGAUAUUUUUCCGAGCGUGCAAAUGAAAAGUUGUUUCCAAAAUGAAGCCUCAUUAACUUAUUCCAAAUGUCAUUCCGCCAUUUUGAAAUCUGAAAAGAGUGAAAUUUUAUUUUUUUAUUUCAAUUUGACGUUUAGUGCUGUUAAUUGGCUGUUGAAUUUUAUCUUUGAUAAUUUAGCUUUUAUUUUAUUAUCUGUGAUAUUAGUGUUAGUUGUUUACGUUGUGUGCAAAAGUUUUUGGUGCCCCAUAGACUAUAGAAAGGAACUAAUAGACGUGGGAUUUGAACACAUACCACCUGGUCCUGAUAAGGCAGCGAAGAUCAACAGGGCUCGGAACGCGAGGAAGCUGGGGUCCAAAAUACCCCCACCGUUUCCGAAUGGCUGGUUUGCUCUGGUCGAAAGCAAGGACCUCAAAGAUGGUGGUGUCAUUCCUGUUGAUGCUUUAGGUCAGAACCUCUGCGUUUAUCGGGGCGAAGACGGCGUCGCGCGAUGCGUAGACGCAUACUGCCCCCACUUGGGAGCCAACCUGGGUGUGGGGGGGUCAGUGUGUGGGAACUGCAUCGAAUGCCCAUUCCAUAAAUGGAAGUUUGGGGAAGAUGGCGCUUGCGUCAGCGUACCAGGGGUUGAGAAUGCACCCCGAGGAGUUUCCCUGAAGACCUGGAAGACAGUGGAAGCAGAUGGAGCAGUCUGGAUCUGGCAUGACGCCGAAGGUCGUGACCCACUCUGGUCUUUGGAAGAUGCCCCUGAGCUGAAGAUGUGGGGGUACAGAGGAAGGAAUGAGUUCGUGGUUAGCGCUCAUAUACAGGAGAUACCAGAAAACGGGGCUGACGUCGCCCACCUCAACGCCGUACACUCCCCCUCGCUGUUGUCGGGAUUGGGUGAGAAGUAUCCCGCCCUGCAGGAUAUUAUUGGUCGCCACGUUUGGGCGGCAAGCUGGAACAGAAAUGAGGAUCACACGGCGCUGAUGAAGCUGACACACGACUACAAGGUCCUGAAGGGUGACUGGUUCCACAUUGACGUGGAAGUUACACAGAUUGGCCCAGGCCACGUGCGCCUGCGCAUGUCCACACCAAUAGGCCCAGUGCUAGUGUCGCAGUCAGUCACCCCGCUGGGCCCUCUGAUGCAGAAGGUGGUUCACAGAUUCUAUUCGCCGCCUCACAUUGCGCCGUUCUCGUCAAUAUUGGUCAAGUCCGAAGCGUAUAUGUUCGAGCGAGACGUUUUAAUAUGGAACAGCAAACAGUUUGUGAGCGCGCCCGCUUACGUACGGACAGACAAGACGAUAAGAUCCUUCAGGAGUUGGUACUCCCAGUUUUACAGCGAGAACAGCAUUAGUUUCAGAGAUGCGAUACAGAAUCCUUUGGAGUGGUGAUGAAAUGCAUACAUACAUAUAUAUAAUCACGUCUAUAUCCCUUGCGGUGUAGACAGAGACAACAGUCUUAAAAAGACUGAUAGGCCGCGUUUAGUUGUCAUUUUUUUCCUAACUAAAAAAAAUCAUGGCAACCGUUGCUAUGGCGUAUAUAAAGAAGGUUAAAUGCCCUAAAUAAAUAAAAGGUUGCCUACAAGUAAUUAAAGAGAAAAAUAAAAUAUGGAUACCUCCUUUUUUUAUACAAUAUUGUAUCAGAUCUUCCAUCUCACCUGUUGAUAAGUGACGAUGAAGAUGAAGAUGUUACACGGCAAAAGAAAGUUUGCCGGGACAACUAUGUCACUACAUAGUAUAAAACAAAGUCGCUAUUUUAGUCUGUUUGUCUGUAUGCUUCAAUCUUUAAAAUUACGCAACGGAUUUUGAUGCGGUUUUUUGUAACAGGCAGAGUGAUUCAAGAGGAAGGUUUUUAUGUAUAAUAACAUCUAUUAAAUAAUUGAUUUUUUCCGAAAUUUGCACCCGUGCGAAGCCGGGGCGGGUCGCUAGUUAUAUAUACCUAAUAAUAUUGCAGGCAGUUGGAACCAAAAGGUUACUCACAAAGUUUUAUUAGCAAAGGAAUACCUUAUCUUUAUGCUAUGAAUUUUUAUAAUGGUAUCAGUUACCUUCUCACCUCUCUGGAGAGGAGCCCGGGGUGCGCCUUUGACCAUGGAUCCUGGAUUGGGUGAGUCAGGUGUUUACACGAAGCGACUCCCGUCUGACCUCCGCAACAUUUGCAUGGAAACAACCCGUAUUGGAUUGUGGUAACCGCUAGAUAAACUUAGUCGACAUUUACUACAUCCAUGAGGAAGAGUGGUCUGAUUCUAAAGUCACGAGCACGGCAUUAAUUUACAAAUGCAUUGAAAAUUAAAAAAAAAACAUACAUACAUAUACAUAACAUCACGCCUCUUUCCCGGAGGGGUAGGCAGAGACUACCUCUAAG